AUAACAAAUAGCCAGUGUUGUAAACAAGUGUAGUAGAUGUAGUCCCCAUACAUGGGGUGCGCAAUGUGUUGAUAUGAUAACAACAACAACAAAACACCAUACAAAACACACGUUAUGGGUGGUAAAGUCAUUGAAACAUUGGACGAUGCAAUUGCAAUUGAAAUUCUGAAUGAAAAUGCCAUAAUUACCGGAAAGGGGAAUGAGCUGCAUUUAUACACAAAGGGCACAAAAAAUGACAAAGAUGACGAGCUGUGGCAGGAACAUGUCUUGGAUAUAACAUUGACGAAUAAAAUUCAUGGAAUCCAUAAAAACGGCGAUGGUUCGCUGCUGGUCUAUGGAGAAAAGGAAUUUGUGCUACUUUCUUCCUGUUCCGGGCAUGACAUUCCACACUUCCAUGAAUUCUUUAGAGCCACUCUCAGCGAUUGGAUAAGUUGUGGUAGUUUUCUCUCAGACCCCGUUGAAGUCAUACUACUUACAGCUCAUAGCAUCGUCUUACGUUUUGCCUAUGACAUUGAGAAACAAUCAUGUGUCCUCAAGGAACGCAUAUCGUGUAGUGAUAAAUCCACCCUAUAUUGUGCCCAUUUAUAUGGGUCGACAUGGAAGGAUUUAGUGGUAUUUUCGGGUAAUGCUUUUGGGGAGCUGCUAAUUUGGCAACCUUCGGAAAAUACAGAAAAUCAUGAAGCAGCUUCCAAACCUAGGGCCUCCAUUUUAUUACAUCGUAUACCAGCCCAUAAUGGAGUCAUAUUUUCCAUUGACUACGAUGAGAAGACCAAACAAUUGAUAACCACAAGUGAUGACCGGGCAGUUAAGUGGUGGAAAGUGAAAUUAUGUGAUACUAGUGAGGGAGGAUGGUCCAAUUCCACUCUUCAAGCUGUGGCAAGUGGUUAUGGUCAUGUUGCCAGGGUCUUUAAGGGCAGGAUUAUUAAGAAUGAUGCCCAUACCUAUGCCCUCAGUGUGGGCGAAGACUCCUAUUUCUGUUUGUGGAGUAGCAAUGGGGAGAUGCUAUUCAAACGCCGUCAACAAUUUGGUGCCACAAUUUGGAAUUUCAUAUACAACACACACAACAAGACCAUUUACACCUUGAGCUCCAUUGGCAAUAUGGUGGCCUAUGAUUUGACACAUGAAUUGCAGAGAAUACAUAACUCCACAGAAGCCAUGCAUUUACUGCCAGAAGUACGAAAAGAGAAUCCUUCCGAAUAUAUAGCCAAGGUUAAAUUUCUUAAAGAAAAUUAUCUUCUGGGCAUAACAAAUGAAAAUCGUUUGAUGAGAAUGAAAUAUCAACGUGAUUUAAAGGAAAUCAAUGGCCUAUGGGAGGAGCUGAAUGUGGGUCUCAAUUUCAAAUGCACCGUUAUGGAGGUAUAUGAGAAUCGCAUUGCCAUUUGUGGUUUUAAACGCUUGCUACUGCUAGAAUGGCAAGUGGAAGAAGAUAAAUUUGAGAUUCUUUUGGACCAACAACUUUUGGAAGGUGUUAUAAGGGCCUUUGUCUUUUUUAGCUUUACAAGUUAUUUGAUAUGCGAUGACAAAGGAAAUUGCAUUUUACAAUUAGAUAAGAAUGUCAGCCCACGUAGUUUGACAUUGGCAAAAUGUAAAGAACCUUGGCUUACCACUGCUUUACUGCUUUCCCAUGGCGACUACAUGCUCAUUAGCAAUCGUUUGGGCAAUCUUUUGUUGUAUAAAUUAAGUGACAAUGGAGAAAGCUAUGAUUUAAGGGAUACUUUGAAACAUCCCCAUGAAAAUUUGGGAGCCACACAAUUACAAAUUGUCAAAGAAAAUGAGGAUUCGGUAAUGGUUCGUUCUUGUGGCCAUGAUGGGGCCAUAAAGUUAUAUAAAAUAAGCUACAAAGAGGAUAAUAUUAUUAGCUGCUCUCGCGAAAUUGUCCAGGUGGCGUGGAUAGAAAACAUAAUACCAAAAUGGCAUGGAGAACAAGAUCUAUUUUUGGGUUUCAAUGAUAACCACUUUACGGUGUGGACCAGAGAAUAUGAUUUCCUUUUACAAUUGGCCUGUGGAGGUGGUCAUCGUUGUUGGCAUUAUCUCAUUAAUUCCAAAGAACAAAAGAUUUCUUUGGCCUUUAUUAAAAAUAAAAGGGUGAGAUUUUACCAUUUGCCUUUAUUGAAUAAGGGACUGACAUCUCUGCCGCCAGCCAAGAAAUGGCACAUAGCACCAUGUAAUAUAAUGGAAAUCCUUAAGACGAAAGAAAGAACAAUUGCCGUCUCGGCAGGAGAUGAUAAUUUAAUAAAAUUACACAAAGUAACAGAGCAAGGUUUAGAGCAAUGUCAGGAAUCACACUGCCACAUAUCAAAUAUACGUGCCCUUAAACUACAUGCCAUCAAUGAGCAGGAGUUCCUUAUCUUCUCGGGAGGUGGUCGAGCUCAAUUGUGUAUCAAUAAAAUAAAUGUAGCAAAUAAUUUCCACAUACAAGAAUUGCUGAACUAUACUGUGAAACCGGAGGAUCAAACCAACCCAACGAAUAAUAAAACAAACUACAAUUUUGAUCCCGAAACCCGCCUAAUGUCCUUGGAUAUUAAACCCCUCAACAAUGGAGAAUAUCAAAUAUUCAUUGGCUGUUCCGAUGGCUAUGUGAGAUGUCUGCAUUUCCAAUUCUCUCCCCUGAAAAUACAACUAACCUCUCAAUAUUUCUAUAAGAAAUGUUUAUUACACAUUAAAUAUGUCAAGGAAUAUGAUUAUUUGCUAGCUGCCGGAACCGAUGGAUAUCUCCGAUUCUUUGAUGCCGCCCUAACACAUUGUCUCCAAGAAAUAAAACAUCAUUCUAGUGGGGUUAAUGGGCUUUGCCUAAGAUUUAAUGGCUCCCAUAAAGCUUUGCAAAUCCUUUCUGGAGGUGAUGACCAAUCCGUAACUUUUAGUUCCUUGGAUUUAUCGCAGGAUUUUAAAUGUCAACACAAUUUCACAAAUCCCUCACUGCAUACGGCCCAAGUAUGUGCUGCUGCGAUAUGCUCGAAUGGCCAGUAUGGUUAUACCAGUGGUGUGGAUCAAAUGCUUUAUAAAAUCGAUUUAUUAUCUGGAGAAAUUGUCGAGAAAUUUCAUUCCUGCGUUGCUGACAUUAAAGGCGUCUGCCUGUUGGGUGAUGACUUAUGUCUGCUCUAUGGCUGUGGCAUGCAAUUAAUUAAGCUAAGGAAUUGAUUACCUUUUUUGUGUGAAUAUUUGAUAAAAAUUUGUUAAAAAAAAAUAAAUGUUUUGUAGAAAAUA